GAGAGAGAGAGAGAGAGAGAGAGAGGGAAAAAAGUGGGGAAAUAGAGGAAGGUCGAUCGGCCGAUAGAUUUAUAAAUUAUCCAAAAAAGGGUCGAUCCUCCAUAGAUUGGAUAAAUAGAAAAUCAUAGCAGACGGUGUUUUCGUUUGCCAUUUUUCUCUUUUCUUCUGUUUUCUUUCUUUCUCCUGUUCUUAUCAGGAUUCAGGAGGACUCUGAAACCAAAUAUAUGAAUCGAAGAAAAAUCAAAAUCCGACCUAAAUACCUAAUAUAAGAAUUAAUGGGUUAUUCAUAAUUAAUUAAUCAAACCCUCACCAAUCAAUCAAACAAUAGGGACAAAAUAAAGAGAAGAGCAGUAGUUCGCAGGGCGGAGAACGGACGUCAAAGGAAUGAAGGAAGAAUAUGACCAGCAAGUCAGAAAAGGAUCAAGCUCAUGGACGUGGUUGGCUAACUUCCAUAAGGAUCUGAUGGCGGGAGCGGUGAUGGGGGGAGUUGUGCACACGAUUGUAGCCCCCAUCGAGAGAGCCAAGUUGUUGUUGCAGACGCAGGAAAGCAACUUCGCCAUCGUUGGCGGUGGCGGCCACCGGAGGUUUAGGGGGAUGUUCGAUUGUAUCUUCCGCACGGUCCGGGAAGAGGGUGUUCUUUCUCUCUGGAGGGGCAACGGGAGCAGUGUUCUUCGCUACUACCCCUCUGUUGCUCUCAACUUCUCUCUAAAGGAUCUCUACAGAAACAUGUUAAGGAGCAGUAAUUCUAAAGAUAAUCCAUUCACUUCCGGUGUUCUUCCGAACUUCUUAGCAGGGGCUGCGGCUGGUUGUACCACACUGAUUAUCAUCUACCCACUUGACAUUGCUCAUACACGUCUAGCAGCAGAUGUUGGGACAACAGAGUCUCGUCAAUUUAGGGGCAUCUGUCACUUUCUGAGCACCAUUUGCAGGAAAGAUGGUAUGAGGGGGAUCUAUAGAGGCCUCCCUGCUUCUCUACAUGGGAUGAUUGUCCAUCGUGGUCUUUACUUUGGGGGAUUUGAUACAUUGAAAGAGAUGAUGUCAGAAGAGUCUAGACCAGAGGUGGCAUUAUGGAAACGUUGGUUGAUGGCUCAAGCAGUUACAACUUCAGCAGGCUUAUUGUCUUACCCAUUGGAUACCGUACGAAGGCGGAUGAUGAUGCAGUCUGGUUUGGAACAGCCAAUGUACCAUAGCACCUUCGACUGCUGGAGAAAGAUUUAUAGGAUAGAAGGGGUAGCUUCCUUCUAUCGUGGUGCACUUUCAAACAUGUUUAGGAGCACCGGUGCUGCUGCAAUCUUGGUUUUAUACGAUGAGGUCAAGAAAUUCAUGAAUUAUACCAGGUUUUAAAAAAAAAUGAUCAAUAUUAAUUUGGUCGUCCUGGCAGCAGCACUAACAUGAUCAAACAGAGAGCAUUCAAGGCCCAAAAACAUUUCUAGAGAUUACUAAAAUGGGGUUUAAGAGGGGCGGAUGUGGAAUAUGUACAAUAUGGGAUAUAGAUAAGAAGGCUUCAUUUGGAAGCUCCGUAGUGAAUUAGUGGUUUCCCCUUUCCUGCUCUUGUUGACCAAAUAGAAUAGCAGGAUUCUUUUAUGGGAAGUUCUUUCAUGGAAAUUUGUUUUCCAUAAUUAUCAGUACUCAACAUUCUUUUCAAUCUUUAUUUGAGAAGAUAUGAUAAAGAAUGUAAAGCAGUUAGCUUCAAGAGAUAAUGUUUUCAUGGACAUUGUAGGCCUGUAUGUUGAAUAUUCAUUAUUCAGAGAUUAAGCAGCAUUCCUUUUUUGGGUCCAGAAUAGGGACCAUGUA